AUGGAGCAGCGGGGACUCCCGGGUGAAGGGUCGCCCUGGGGAGGAGUCCCGACACCUCCACUCUACGACCCGCUCCAGUUCAGCAACAUCUUCAAGAUCACGCGUCUGCACCGCGGGUUGUGGGGCAGCGUGAUGGCGCCGAUGGUGGAGAAGGCUCUGCGCAUGCGGGCGCUGCUGCAGCGGGACCUCCUCAAAGGCUUCAAGAUGUUCAGCUCCCUCUUCAAGCCCUACAUCCGGUACUGCAUGGAGGAGGAGGGCUGCAUGGAAUACACGCGCAGCCUGCUGCAUGACAACGACCUCUUCCGGGCCUACAUGACGUGGGCCGAGAAGCACCCCCAGUGCCAGCGGCUGAAGCUGAGCGACAUGCUCGCCAAGCCCCACCAGUGGCUCAUCAAGUACCCGCUGCUGCUCAAGUCAGUGCUGAGGAAGAGGGACGAGUCGCCUGCCAAGGAGGCCGUCAUCACCAUGAUCAGCUCCGUGGAGCGCUUCAUCCACCACGUGAAUGCGUGCAUGCGGCAGCGACAGGAGCGGCAGCAGCUGGCGGCCGUGCUCCUGAAGGAAUUUCUGCACCUGGACCUGACCGCGCCCAUCCCUGGUGCCUCCCCGGAGGAUACGCGUCAGCUGAUGUUGGAGGGCAGCCUGAGGAUGAAGGAGGGAAAGGACAGCAAGAUAGAUGUGUACUGCUUCCUCUUCACGGACCUGCUCUUAGUGACCAAGGCAGUGAAGAAGGCUGAGGGGACCAAGGUCAUCAGGCCACCACUGCUGGUGGACAAGAUCGUGUGCCGGGAGCUGCGGGACCCUGGCUCCUUCCUCCUCAUCUACCUGAACGAGUUCCACAGCGCUGUGGGGGCCUACACGUUCCAGGCCAGCGGGCAGGCUCUGUGCCUGGGCUGGCUGAUCUCCAUUUACAAUGCUCAGAACCAGUUGCAGCAGCUGCAUGCGCAGGGGCAUGCGGGCAGCCAGCAGCACCUGCAGAGCCUGAAGGAGGAAGAGGAAGAGAAGGGUGGAGAGAGUAGCACUUCCGCCGCCAGCUCCCCCACCAUCCUGCGCAAAAGCAGCAACAGCCUGGACUCCCAGCACUGCGCCUCUGACGCCUCCACAGAGACCCUGGCCAUGAUGGUGCUGGAGCCCGGGGAGACGCUCUCCUCUCCUGAGUUCGAGGGCGGCCCCUUCAGCUCCCAGUCGGACGAGAUGUUCCUCAGUACCACCGCCUCAUCUGUCACACCAACCAGCGAACUGCUGGCCCUGGGCCCGGGGGACGGCAGCUCCUGCUCCAUGGACUCCACCUACAGCACCCUCUCCUCCACCUCCUUGCAAGACUUUUCGACCACAGCCCCUGUGAUGGAGCCAGCGCCCCAGCCCCGAGAUUUACCACGGGCCCCUUCACCCACGCCCUCUCCCCGCCUCCGCUGCCGCACCCCUGUCCAGCUGCUGCCCUGUCUGCCCCACCUGCUCAAUACCUGCUCAAGUCCAAAUCUGAGGCCAGCCUCCUUCAGCUGCUGGCAGGGGCCGCCCCCAGCCCCCAGCUGCAGCCUGUCGGAACUCUGCUUGGCUGCCACAGCCACCAGCGCAUCAGGACAACCCUGCUGCUUAACUCCCAGGCCCUGA